UUAGGAUUCCAAAGAUUGAGUUAGGCGAAAAGAAAAAUCGGAAAAUAGGCGCAUUUCGCAAAACAAAGAAAAAAUUGCACAAAUUGACCUCCAACUCGGUACCUUAUAGCGGUCAACCCAACAAGUACAUGCGGCCCAUUUUUCUCAUCGGGUCAGGGUCAAAGUGGGUCAACCCACGGGUUGACAACCUUGAUCUGGUGCAUAAAGAAAGUCACCCCUUCAAACUUCAUUCUCAUUGUUAAAGAAACACGGUAGAGAAAUGGCGCCAAUGGAGAUUGGAAAACAUUUCGCCAUUAGCGCUUAAUUUAUUUCUUAUACAUGAUGAUUGCCAUAUUAUAUAUCGUUAACUAAUUAAUUACUCUUUUUCCCCGAAAAGAUCAAAUUUGAAAAAAAAAAGUAUUAAUUCCGAAAAGUAAAAACUAAACCUCACGGUCACGGUAGUAUUAAUUAUUUGGUGAGGCUCUCUCUUUCGUUUUUGCUCUUUUGUUUCUCCUCAAGUCAAGCAGAAAUCUCCUCACUUUUACUUCACUGGGAGGGAAUUUGCUCCGCUUGCAUCUGCCGCCAUCGGACUCCGAUUCUUCUAUCACCCUGCACUCCUCCGCCGGGUUAACGAGCCCCGGCGAGUUGGUAACUGCGCCAUCCGUCCAACUCCAUUUGUAUUUUCUCGUUUUGCUACGCUUUAUGUUAUGUGUGUGUAUUUUCCUGGAAAAAUGGGCCUGUAACUGCUCUGCUUUCGUUUUGAUGGUCGUGAUUCGCUGUCUAUCUUCCAUUUCCUUGAUUGUUCUUCGAAUUUUCGGGUCCCGUUGAUGUGCAGCCGGUGUUGGCGUUCCAGCAUUUGCCUCGCUAUUAAUCUUGCACUUUUUUCUUAUGAUUGAUUUGAUUUGGGCGUUUCUCUUUCGGUUUGCUUCAGAUUGCGGUUUUGAUGGAGAUCUGAUUGCUUUUAGUUUAUCUUUGCUUCGCUUUGGUUACAGGGAGGGAUUGCUGAACUGGAUUGAAUGGAGCAGUACGAGAAAGUGGAGAAGAUUGGGGAGGGGACUUAUGGAGUGGUAUACAAGGCUCGUGAUCGAUUCACCAAUGAGACUAUAGCUUUGAAGAAGAUCCGCCUCGAGCAGGAAGAUGAGGGAGUCCCCAGCACUGCCAUUAGAGAGAUUUCUCUUCUGAAAGAAAUGCAGCACGGUAACAUUGUUAGGUUGCAGGAUGUAGUGCAUAGUGAGAAGCGUUUGUAUUUGGUAUUUGAGUACCUGGACCUAGAUUUGAAGAAGCACAUGGACUCUUCUCCUGAAUUCGCUAAGGACCCGAACAUAGUCAAAACAUUCCUGUAUCAAAUCCUCCGUGGCAUUGCUUAUUGCCAUUCUCUCAGGGUUCUUCAUCGAGAUUUGAAGCCACAGAAUUUGCUUAUUGAUCGUCGUACCAAUGCGCUGAAACUUGCAGAUUUUGGCCUGGCCAGAGCUUUCGGUAUCCCUGUCAGGACAUUUACCCAUGAGGUGGUGACUCUUUGGUACAGAGCCCCUGAGAUCCUUCUUGGAUCUCGACACUACUCUACACCAGUCGAUGUUUGGUCUGUUGGAUGUAUAUUUGCUGAAAUGGUGAACCAGCGCCCAUUGUUCCCUGGGGACUCUGAGAUUGAUGAGCUAUUUAAGAUUUUCAGAAUCAUGGGCACACCAAAUGAAGACACCUGGCCGGGAGUAACAUCUUUGCCUGACUUCAAGUCUACCUUCCCCAAGUGGCCUUCAAAGGACUUGGCUAAUGUGGUUCCGACUCUCGAUUCAGCUGGUCUUGACCUUUUACGUAAAAUGCUGUGCUUGGAUCCUGUCAAGAGAAUUACAGCCAGGACUGCCAUAGAACAUGAGUACUUCAAGGACAUCGGUUUCGUUCCUUAAAGAGGUAGGCCAAAGAGGAAGAAAAGGUCACCAGUUCCCAUCUCUGUGCCCUAAAAAAAAAGAAAUGUAUAUGGUUUGUGUAGUAGUAAGUCGGGUCUACCCAAUGUGGGGUUUUUUGGAAGUGUGAGAAGAAAGAACUGUUUCUCUUGAGAGAGUCCAUGGAGAAAGGGGAAAAGCAAAAACAUCAUAAUGGUGAUGAUGAUGUUUUUUUGUUUGUUUGUUUGUUUGAAUUUGAUUCUUAGCUGAAAUUAUUAGCUUGGAGUUCGCUUUUUUACCAAGGGCCUGGAGAAUAUUGUUGUUUUGGUUGGUUGUUUGUUCCCCCUGAGCUUUGAUUGUAAACAGUCUUGUUGAGAAAGAAAAAUUAUGGUUCGGUUUCCCUCCUUGGGUUAAGCCGGUUAUUUUGUUGACUGGUUUGUUUCCCCUGAGUCUAAUCAAUUAGUUGCUUCAGCCUUUGACAUAUCAACAGGUAGCUGCUGCUGCUGGGUUGUUGCUGUAGUUUCUUGACAUGCAUAGAAGCUAUAGAAAAGGGCUCUCGAUUCAAAGAUAGUUCUUGUCUGCAUACCGACUUAAAGCUGUAACAGAGUGUGUGUGUUCCCACAACUCAAGCAGGCUCCACAGAGCUUCAAUCUCUUAACAAUGAACAUCUUCCUGUGACUGUGAUGCCAAGCUAAUUAAGUAAGAGCUAUAUCUCGUCGGCCAAAAGCAUACUAUUCGCAAUCUGAUAAUAAUGCUUAGUGGGUAACUAUUCUGUACUCGUUGUGCCGGAACUAAAUUCCCACUCUGUCGCCGUCGUCGGAAGAGAAAACAGAGGCUAGCUACUGAAUGUUUGAUUGAGUUGCGUUCGUAGGGAGACGGAAAUCAGUUACCUUUCUCUCACUAAGUUUUCUCUAAUCGACUCUACCCUUUGCUCGAUUCCUCUUCAUUUGCCUUUCCUCAGCCAGCAGCAGUGAGGUCUGCUUGUUUUCUUGUGUUUUUCCGGCUGUUUCCCGCCCUCUGUUUCAGUUUCAGGCAGAGAUGGUCCAGGUCGUCGGCACCGGGUCAAUAUAUCGUAGAAAGUCAAUAUAUCAUCAAAAUAUCACGAAAUAUCGCCAUAUAUCGUAAAUCGUCAAUUUCACUUUCUCGUCAAUUUAUCGCGUUUCGAAUUUGGUUUUGAGGACCCGAAACGUAUUGCGUUUCGCCGUUUCGGGCACCCGUAUUUCCCAUUUUUCGCGCUAGUUUCCGCUGCUCCGUGGCCCGUUCUCGCGCCGUUUAGCCUCUGGCGGGCUCCUCUUCCUCCUGCUGCAGUUGGCGGAGGCUGGUCGUGGUUUUGGUUGCCGGUUAAGAGAUUUUCUUCUUCCUCCCAGACAGCCGCCGGAGCUCCCCUGCCUUGGCUUCCUUCCCCAGCCAUAAAUUUCCGGAGUAUCUGCUAUUUCGCUUGUUGCCUCUCGGAGUGAGGGAGAUUUGAAGAAAAUUCCUUCCCCGGUCAAUUCUAAUUCUUUGAUCCGAUGUUGAAUAGUGGGCAAUCGAUUUACCUAGUCGCCGAAGCUAAUUCCUCCGUGUCCGGCAUCACUGAAAACAGAGGCUCCCCUGUUUUAACAGUUUUGUCUCACGAUCCGAGGAAUAAUAGUGGGUCACCGGUCGGGUUCAUCGCCGACGUCCGCCACAGUUGCUGGGUUUCUUCGAAUUACAGAAACAGGGUAUAGUUAUGUGGAACUAAUUAGCUAGUAGCUGUCUUGGUUGCAGACAAACAAAAACUAUGUAUUGGUUCUUUAGACACAAUAAAUAAAUAAAUAAAUAAGUA